GGCAUUUAUUACACAUCCUUAGUCACGCUUGAGAAGUUAAAGAUACUUGAUCACCGCUCCCAAUGUUGUUCAUGUUGGCAUGGAUGAGACCAUCACUGUUCAAGUGUUUGAGGCCCUCACAAGCGUUGCCAUCACCGUCUACUUUAAGGAACCAACAGGGGAAGCACAGGAUAUAAUAUCGUCCCAGAAAUAUACGGUCGAACUGAACCAGACGAACAACUUCACCAGAGUAAUCCUUGCACAGGUACUUCCAGAAAAGACAAAGCAUUUGAACUUCGCCCGUACAGCACAGUAUGCAAUACUCGUAGCUGAAAUCCCACUUGAAAAGACCAGAGAGGCACAGAUCCGCCUGUCAUCAAGACCCUAUUUCAUUUAUAUCAUGACUGAUAAACCGAUCUAUACGCCUGAUGAAACUGUGCAAUACCAAAUCUUUACUCUUGACCAAGUGUUGAAUCCCAUAAAUUCCACUGUUAUAGUGGAAGUAUUGGAUUCCCAGGGCACUGUCUUAGCAAGUGUGAGCGAACAGUAUGGCUCAAAUUCCAUGCACAGUGGUGAAAUCACCAUCAAAUCUGAAAUGCCCGGAAAUUAUCAGAUACGAGCUAAAGUCUGUGAAAACUCUGAGUAUCAAGGUUUAAUAUCGUUUCGCGUUCAGAACUAUGAGUUCCCCAAAUUUGAUGUGAGGAUAUUCCCAGACCCUUGGUAUUACGUGGUGACUGACGAGAACUUCCCAUUCACAAUACAAGUGCUUGAUAAAUUAGAUAAUGAUCUUCAUGGUAAUGUGACAUUUGGGAUGUGCACAACUUCUGGUGACAGGAUCCCCUUACCACAACUACAUCAAGUGCACCGUAUACAGGACGGGACAGUUCGUGUCAUUUUAAAUUCAAGUGCUCUGAUCGACAGCAUAAAUCAGAAUGGAGGGAUGGACAAAUUCAAGAGAGGCACUUUGUAUAUUGUAGCAGAGAUUACAGAUGAAAAAGCAGGACAUACUGAAGCCAAGGUGCUGGACAACAUAUCAUUUCGUCAGUCACCCUAUGACAUUGACUUAUCAGCCAUCAAACCCUAUUUUAUACCCGGAACUGCAUUUCAACUCCUGAUAUCAGUGACCUAUCCCGAUGGCUCUCCUGCAUCAGAUGUACCUCUCAAUGUAUCAUUAAGUAUUGCAGGGGAAAAGGUAGUGAACGUUUCCAGUGAAGGACUGACUGACCAAAUCGGUGAGCUAGGCUUUACCCUCAAUGUUCCCUGGAAUACGCAAGAUAUAAACAUUAAUGUGAGUGUUGGGAACCAUUCUACUGGGUAUGAACAGAUGCAUAAAGCCGUGAAGAAAUACUAUUCUGCCAGCAAAAGGUACCUGCAUAUCAAGGUGCCACAUGCUCUGUUGUAUCCUGGAGACACCAUCACGGUAAAACUGACAGCAAUCAGCCAAGAGAGCAUCCAUAAUGUCCAUUACUACUAUUAUAUGGUGCUCAGCAAAAGCAAAGUGCUGGAUUUCAGGAGAGUCGAGUGGACGCCGGAGACCGCAUUUGAACUUCCCAUCACUCGUGACAUGAUUCCUCAUUUCCGCAUUGUUGCUUAUUACAUCCUAAUUGAUGAUGGCGGAGAGGAAAUCAUCGCAGACUACCUACAGGUUGAAGUGGGGAGCUUAUGCGAUAUUAAGUUUCAGGUGGAUUCAGCAUUCCACCAGCACGGGAAAAGUCAUGAAUUAUUGUUAACAGUUCUGUCGGAGAGUCCAGCGAAAGUAUUUGUGCAGGCGAUGGAUACCAGGCUUAAAGAACUAAAUACACAGGACACUAUCACCAUGAGGAAGGUCUUUGAAGAUUUGAAUUCAUAUGAUUUUGCAUCAUCACAUGGAAGUGGGAAUAAUACUCUAGGUAUCUUCCAUGAUUCUGGACUGUAUCCUUUCUUCAACCUAAAGACAAAGCCUUCAGAAUCUACAGGGAGCGGACCAAGGUCAAUUGUUAUCAGGCAGAAAGAACAGGAAGAACAUGGGAUCGAUGUUCAUGUUGAUGUGACACAUUCUACAUUUAAUGACAGCUCAGUGUCCAAGCUGGAUACCGUUCCCAGAAAUGAAACUUUCAGGUUAAUAUCUAAUACUCAGCCUCCCAGUUCCAAGGUGCUUCAGGCUUUUAAUGAAUCUGCAAAAGAUGGCAGUGGACAAAAGACAGUGACCAUCAGACCAAGGGAGCUGCAAACACACAGGGCUGGUGUUCCAAGCCACCCGAUACGCCCUACAUUUAAUGGCAGCUUUCUGUGGUCGCUGAAUGCCGUUGCAAAUAACGAAACCUUCAGGUUAAUAUCUGAUUUUUAUCCUUCCAGGGCCUGGGAGAUCCAGGCCCUUCGUUUGUCCGUGGAGGAUGGACUUUGUCUUGCUCAACAUAAGGUGCUUAUAUUGGAUGGAGGCCAUUCCAUACCCAUGAUUUCAACAAUCGAGCAGCCGAUGGGAAGCAGAAAACAUCCCCUGAAAAAGAAUCAUGAUGUUGAUUGAUGAUGUUGACCCUACGGCCUGACUAGAUGAAGAUGAGAAAGCGGGAAAAGCACAUUCUGCUCAUCGAGAUUCCUGGGAAGUGUGACAGUUAUGGAAGCGAUUGACAGUUAUUAAUUUAGAUAAAAUAUGAAAUGCAUUUCGUAUUGUAGUGAAAUAAAACAAUACUUUGUUAACCA